UCUUCACACAUCCUAUCCAACUAUCUUCUCCCCACCCUCCUGUCUAUUACCCAAUCCUUCUCUUGGUUUCAAGUUCCCGACACACCAGGGAAUUAAGGAAAAGAAAAAACGAAAUAAUAAACAUGAUGGUUGCAACAUUAUUGUCUCCAUGCAAUUCGACUUUAGUCCGUGGUUUUUUGGGCGUUAGAGACAGGAUUUUGAAUCAACAUGCCAAGGGAUGUUUUCAUGUUUAUCAGAACAAAAGGUUAUCUCGUAGGUUUCUUGUGUUUAAUGCAACUGAGGGUUCUGCCGAUUCCGGCAAGUCCGAAGAAAGUCUCCCUUCGUGGGCGAGACCAGAUUCGGACGAGCCCCCUCCUUGGGCUCAAGAUGAAGGAGGGAAGGGUUCCACUGCACAGCAGAGUUUUGAGGUUCCAUUCUUUGUUUACUUGCUUGCCUCGGCGAUAACUGCCAUUGCCGCCAUCGGUUCUAUUUUCGAGUAUAUUAACCAAAGGCCUGUGUUUGGAGUUUUGAACUCAGACAGUAUUUUCUAUGCACCCUUGCUUGGUUUCUUUGCAUUUACUGGAAUCCCCACUUCGGCGUUUCUUUGGUUCAAAUCUGUUCAAGUUGCUAACAAGGAAGCUGAGGAACAAGACAGGAGGGAUGGUUUUUUGUAAAGUCAGAUGACUCAAGUUGCCAUUGGCACUGUAAGUUAUUCACCAUGUAUAACUAUUCUCUC